CGUAAAAAAUAGAAACUUCCAAGAUGGCCGAGUCCGGGGACUCCAUGCAUUUCGCAGCAAACAGCAAAACAAAUUCCCCUAAACCCCUGAUAGCUAAGCGACCGCCGGAGAGUCGUCCGCAGUCUUCCAGCGACAUUUUCCCACCGCCCCCAAAGAAGGUCCGGGUGGAGGAGAAGGGCCUGAAGCACAGGAAACUGAACGGAGAGGUGUGCGCAGGGGAAAAACACAACGGGAAGCAGAGUUGUGGGAGCCCAGCGAAAUGGAGUUUCGGCCCGGCCAAGGCGAGCCACUCCACCGCCGCCGCAGUGCCCGCCACCCCUGUCCGGAAAAUAUUCAAAAUCAGCAACUUCCUCGCGUCGCCCCACAAAGUAAAAAAGGCGAAAGAGAAGCGACACAAGGAGAAGAGCAGCGAAGCGCAGCAGAGCCCGGGCGCUGCUGUGGAGAGAGUGAGCCCAGCUAGCUGCCAUACAAAGCCCGAGAACGGCGACGUGAAAAUGCUACAGAGAGAUCACCAGGUGAAGGAGAAAGACAGGGAGAAGAAGAAGGAAAAGAAUAAAGAGUGGAAAAAUCACAAACUGCCACCUGUCCACGAGAUUGCCAGAGAAAACGGAGAAGUGGUUUCUCCGCAGAAAGAGUCUAAGGAGAAGCCCAAGGCUGGUUCGGAGGAAGACCUCCUUCUGAAGAAGCUCAAGAAGAAGAAGAAAAAGAAGCACAAAGAUGGCGAGCGGACGAAGGAGAGGCAAGGCAGACCCAAAAUGUACCACCGCUCGUGCCAGACUGUGUGUUCAGGGGUGUCCCUGGGUCUGCCAGAGUUGCUCAAUCGGAUUAACGUGAACAGUGACAGCAGCAGUCUCAACCACAGUGCCGCACAACACCACCAGGAUGCUGCUGUUUCUGCGGCUACCUCCACCUCCAUCUCCUCCAUGGUCAGAGAGAGGCUCAGCUACAGCUCCCCGCUGCACUGCAGCCCGGCCCCGGGCACGGCUGGCCUGGAGUUCAGACGUCUGAUUCACAUCGAGCAGCAAGCCAACGGAGGUGCGUCUGUGGUGCACGCCUACAACGAGGAGCUGGCCUGCCUUUCUCCGGCAGAGAUGCAGCGCUUCGCCGAUGAAUUUGUGACCCUGUCGUUCAGCGAGGACAAGGCCCAGGCAGCGUGUUUCGUGAUGGGAAUCAUCCACGGAGCGGCGUCCUACCUCCCAGACUUCCUGGACUACUUCUCCUACAAGUUCCCCAACGCACCAGUGAAAAUGGAGGUGCUUGGGAAGAAGGACAUAGAGACGACCACCAUGGUCAACUUCCAUUCUCAGGUGAAGCGGACAUAUUCCCAGGGAACGUACCGAGCUGGGGCCAUGCGGCAGGUCAGUCUGGUCGGAGCUGUGGAUGAAGAGGUCGGAGACUACUUUCCCGAGUUCAUCACCAUGUUAGAGAAGUCUCCUUUCCUGGAGCGGACCCUGCCCUGGGGAACUUUCUCCAGUCUGCGACUGCAAAGCCCCACAGAGAGUGACGACGGCCCCAUCAUGUGGGUCAGACCUGGAGAACAGAUGAUACCUAUGGCAGACAUGCCAAAAUCACCUUUCAAAAGGAAAAGGUCCACCAAUGAGAUAAAGAACCUGCAGUACCUUCCUAGAACCAGUGAGCCCAGAGAGAUGCUGUUUGAGGACCGGACGAGAGCUCACGCUGACCACAUCGGUCAGGGCUUUGAGAGGCAAACUACUGCAGCUGUCGGUGUGCUGAAGGCUGUGCGCUGUGGAGAGGACAGCGACACUCCUGCGCGGAUCACCAAAGACGUUGUGUGUUUCCACGCAGGAGAUUUUCCAGAUGUGGUUAUGAGGCUGCAGCUGGAUCUCCACGAACCCCCGCUCUCUCAGUGUGUGCAGUGGAUCGAUGACGCCAAGCUGAACCAGCUCAGGAGGGAGGGGAUCCGAUACGCCCGUAUCCAACUCUACCACAAUGACAUCUACUUCAUCCCCAGAGGAGUUGUCCACCAAUUCAAGACGGUGUCUGCUGUCUGUAGUCUGGCCUGGCAUAUCCGACUUAAACAGUAUCACCAACAUGAAGAGAAGGAGGAGGACGAGGAGGAGGUUAAGGAAGAGGAGACAUGUUCACCAAGAGAAGUAACAUGUUAUAUUAAAGAAGAGGAGGAAGAGGAGGAGGUAGAAGCGACUGAGUGUGACCUUGCUGUAAAGGCAGUGACGAAGCUGGAGGAUGAGGAGGACACGGGGAAAUGGGAGGGGCCACCCCCAGACACUCCAACACAGAUUUUCAACGAGGAAGAGCGAGAGAACAGAGCUGACGUGAAGGAGUUGUCAGCGGCACUGUCACUACCUUUAGUCAAGAAAGAAAGAGAUGAAUCUGCACUCAGUCCCACACUAAUGGAACCUCAAGCUGAGGAAGAUGUAAAAGAGGAAGGCAAAGGAGCUGCAGACACCUGUCAGACACUGCAGAUGGACCACGAGGAGGGCAACAGAGCAGAUAGUGCCCCUUCAAAGCCAUCACAGCAGAUUAGGAAGGAAAGUGAUGUGGAAGAAGAGAGGCAGCACAAAACAUUAGGACAGGGCCUGAAAGAGAAAAGUAAAGAGAGUAUACUGAGCACUUAUAACGCACCCCAAAUCAGAAAGGACAAAGAUAAAGGCAGAAGAGAGAAGGAUGAAAAGGAGAGGGUGAAAGAGAAGGAGAGGAAGGAAAAGGACAGGAGUAAAGAGAAGGAAAAGGAUAAAAAAGACAGGGGGAAAGACAGAGAGCGAGAGAAGGACCGGGUGAGAGAGCAAGAGAAAGUUAAGACUGAGGGAGGACGAGAGGGUUGCACAACGACGCAGAUACUGCCGCAGAUGAAGAAAAAAGAGGAAGAGGAACGGACGAGAGAGGGCGGUAAAACCGCCCCAACCAACCCGUCAGCUCAGAGAGACGAGAAGUGGGCCAAGGAGUGGGACUCAAAAACGCAACCCCAUGUCAAGAGAGAGAAGGAGCAUGACAAGGACCGGGGAAGCACGCCCGCUGCGGCUCACCCACGGCCAGACAGAGAGGAGGCUCGAGACUCCUGCACGCAUAAACACAAGUCUUCCCAUGGGAAGAAGGAGAAGAGUGGCCACAGGGAGGGCAAAGACAGCAUUGCGCUGGGAAAAUCGGGGAGAGAAGACGGAAAAACUCACAAACCUGCGAACGUUCAGGUUAAGAAAGAAGUAAAGAAGGACAGAGAUGUCAGUAGCAAAGAAGAGAAGAAGAAACCUGCUUCUGGUCCUGCCCAACUAGAACACAAACAACCACGGACACUCGUCACCUUUGACCUUUUUAAACCCAUGGAGGCCCAUCAAACUUUGGCUCUUUCCUUCACGGAAAGUAGACCCAAGAGCCACCAUCACAGUGACUCUCGAGGCUCCUCGUCUAAGCCUGCAUCUGACAGUCGGACAGUUGCGCCCUGUAAAGGACCAAAAGUAAAGGACUCGGUGCCGGGCAAGCCCGGGUCAGCGCUACAGGAUACAGCGCCACAGCAGCACUUAUUAAAACAGCCCCUGAAAACACACACCCCCCAAACACAGAAAGACUUCUUAAUAUGAAUGUCUAGAUGUCUAGUCUGCUUUUCUUUUCCUUUUUUCUUUUUUUUUUUUUUACUGUACAAUUUGCGCCAAGACUUUGGUAAAAUAUUUCAAAGUGCAUCCUUACUUCAGAUACCACAAAAGUGAGCGAAAGCUGCUUUGACACUGCCAGACCUCCUGUGACGCAGUGAAACGAGGGUGCGCUCUGCAGGUAUUUUAACAAGGUCUAAGAAUGUAAGCUAAGUAGCUCACUUCACGUUUGUUAGCAGAUGUACGUAGGCUUUAUAUGAAAUGUUAUGUGACCCCGUGUGUCAGUGCCUGUGCACUACUUAGCUUCGCUCUUAAAGCACCUAUUUUAGGUACUGGUCUAGCCAGUCUGAAAACAACCAUCCGUACUCCCCUGCUGUAAGAACGACCUUUGUUCAGUGUUUGAGACAUCAAGGAGAUCCCUGUGAUCUCUCUCAAAUCAUCUGUUUAUCGUUGCCCAUGCCGAUUUGGAGGUUUGUUAUUUUUAAACCUUCAUAUCAGAGCAAGUAGUUGUUUUCAGACUGGACUGUUGGACUCACACAGGGCUGUAAAUGAUACUGUAUGUACCAAAACUGUACAGUAUAGAUGUUAUUAGCACCAAUGUGAGAAAAUGUAUACAGAAAUUGCAUAUAUUUUUUGUAAGACAGGUUUUAUUUUCCAUAGAACUUAUUUAUAUCAUUUACUGUCUGUUUUUAUUUGAAACCGAUGUAUGUGAAAAUUCUGUUGUAAAUACAUUUUAUUUCCUAAGAAUUGGUAGUGUGAUUUAUACUCUGAUCAGAACCUCUCAAUAAAUGGUUCAAAAUGUUGACUUGGUCAACGUUAAAAGUCUCGCCUGUGUUUUGUAUCAAUGAGGUCAGUCAUUUGCCUUUCUGGCUGCUGGGUCAAGCAUGCAAAGCAACAGUCAGGGCACAAGGCAGGUAAAGAAGAGCGUGGAGGCAGGGGUGGAGCAGAAGGAUAUUAAGAUAGUAGUUAGACCUGUUAUAAUGGUUUGGAUAUGGUUUUGCUACAUAAAGUCAAGAGAAGAGGUGAAGAUGCUUGUGUUUUCACUGGGAGUGACCAGGACAGGAUUACAAAUGAGUAGUUUGUGUGAGAGGGCAGGAUGAUAGGUAUAGGGUGAGAUGGAGGCAGAUGAUCCACUGUAGGGACCCCUAAAGGAAGGGGCAAAAAGAAACCUCAGAUUAUGGCAGGAUGUAUUCUAAAUAUGCUGUGAGUGUGAACUCUAAGCCCCUCCCAUCAGAGAAAAACAGUAAAAAUAAGUCACUGCUUACUUUUGGCUCCAUGUUGAGCAAAACUUGACUGGAUCCUAGAAGAGGUGGCACUAUGGUGUUGUAGUCCAGGAGGAAUCCCAAAUGCGGA